UUUAAAGAAAAAAAAUGCCCUGACCCUAAAAGAAAGUCAUGCUGAAAAGGAGAAAUUUAAAAGUCUGUUCGUGUUCAAAACCUCCCUGCGGAAAAAUUCUUGUGGAAAGGGUUGGGCAAUUCUAAAUCUUGGCACUGUUGGCAAUCCUUUUGGCGCAAAGGUUUCUGGGGCUAAUCGUCGUAAGUCUACUUUGAGCAUUAUAUCUGAACUUACACACCAAAUAAUCGUUUCUCUGGCUGAAAUCAACAGAGUUAUCAAAUUUGAUAAAUGCGUGCGUGCCUCCGGUCAAUUCUGGAUGUUCUGCCGUAAAGAAAUAAAACCGAGACUUUUGGAGAUCUCAAGAUGAAAUAGUCAAUAUUUUCCCUUAAAGGAUAUGGCUAGUAUAUGGAAUGUAGGGUCGAUAAGGAAUUUUGGCCAAAAAUUUGUCCAAUCUGAUUCCAUUCUAAUUGACUAAUUAAGAACCAAGUGUCAGAUCAGCAUUAUUAGUACGCCUUCCAAUGUUCACGAGAAGGCUGUUAAUCGAUAGAUCUUUGAAUUGGUUGAGUAUAGUUUUAGCAACGCUAUUAUUACUAAAACUACAGGCUUCACGGGAGAACAGAGAGAUUGACCCUGAAACAAAGGAACCUUAUUUGGAGCAUAAGAGGCUUUUGAAGAAGGAACUGAUCCAACCAACUGAGUCAAGUGUCUCCAAGAACGAGAUUUUGGACCAUGAAGAUGUAUACUAUGACACAGUGGAGGGUGACUAUCACUACUUUGGGAACGGAGAGCUUUACGAUCAAGUGGCCCAAGACAACAUAAAUCGUCGGACUUAUCAUUUUCGACGUUUCCCGUUUGCAAAACGACCGAAGACUCAAUUGGCGAAACCGGUUCUAACCUACCACAAACCGGAAAGUGGACAAUACGAUUCCCAUUACCAGACACCUCAAAAAACACCGCCACCGUGGGCUAACUUUUUGCAAACCGUGAUAACCUGUCUUCCUUUGAGUUUGGCUGCUGCUGCUGUUCCAUUGGGAUUCAUCGAUUUUUCAGGAACUACAUCCACCCUAACAAUGACCCCAAUGUAA